AUGACUUCAUGGUUGUAUGAUGACUUCAUGGUGCAACACAAGGAUGAGGUGAUCCGUACGCAGCAACGCAAGGAUGAGCUCAUCCGUACGCAGCAACACAAGGAUGAGGUGAUCCGUACGCAGCAACGCAAGGAUGAGCUCAUCCGUACGCAGCAACACAAGGAUGAGGUGAUCCGUACGCAGCAACGCAAGGAUGAGCUCAUUCGUACGCAGCAACACAAGGAUGAGGUGAUCCGUACGCAGCAACGCAAGGAUGAGCUCAUCCGUACGCAGCAACACAAGGAUGAGGUGAUCCGUACGCAGCAACGCAAGGAUGAGCUCAUCCGUACGCAGCAACACAAGGAUGAGGUGAUCCGUACGCAGCAACACAAGGAUGAGGUGAUCCGUACGCAGCAACACAAGGAUGAGCUCAUCCGUACGCAGCAACACAAGGAUGAGCUCAUCCGUACGCAGCAACACAAGGAUGAGCUCAUCCGUACGCAGCAACACAAGGAUGAGCUCAUCCGUACGCAGCAACACAAGGAUGAGCUCAUCCGUACGCAGCAACACAAGGAUGAGCUCAUCCGUACGCAGCAACACAAGGAUGAGCUCAUCCGUACGCAGCAACACAAGGAUGAGCUCAUCCGUACGCAGCAACACAAGGAUGAGCUCAUCCGUACGCAGCAACACAAGGAUGAGCUCAUCCGUACGCAGCAACACAAGGAUGAGCUCAUCCGUACGCAGCAACACAAGGAUGAGCUCAUCCGUACGCAGCAACACAAGGAUGAGCUCAUCCGUACGCAGCAACACAAGGAUGAGCUGAUCCGUACGCAGCAACACAAGGAUGAGCUCAUCCGUACGCAGCAACACAAGGAUGAGCUGAUCCGUACGCAGCAACACAAGGAUGAGCUGAUCCGUACGCAGCAACACAAGGAUGAGCUCAUCCGUACGCAGCAACACAAGGAUGAGCUCAUCCGUACGCAGCAACACAAGGAUGAGCUGAUUCGUACGCAGCAACGCAAGGAUGAGCUGAUCCGUACGCAGCAACACAAGGAUGAGCUGAUCCGUACGCAGCAACACAAGGAUGAGCUCAUCCGUACGCAGCAACGCAAGGAUGAGCUCAUCCGUACGCAGCAACACAAGGAUGAGCUGAUCCGUACGCAGCAACGCAAGGAUGAGCUCAUCCGUACGCAGCAACACAAGGAUGAGCUGAUCCGUACGCAGCAACACAAGGAUGAGCUCAUCCGUACGCAGCAACACAAGGAUGAGCUGAUCCGUACGCAGCAACACAAGGAUGAGCUCAUCCGUACGCAGCAACACAAGGAUGAGCUCAUCCGUACGCAGCAACACAAGGAUGAGCUGAUCCGUACGCAGCAACAGCGUACUAAAACACAAUAA